GGCUCCAACGAAUGGAGUCAAAAGGGUGAUGUUAGUCCUAUCCUAUCAUCAACUUCAAAAGGGUUUUCUUUUUUCCUUUCGUCCUAACACCAGACAUUUCCUAAAUUUUCUUACCAUCGUUUCCUAAAUUUUCCAUCUGCCCGCCCUUGAGAGUUCACAGAUUUAAUUUAGACUGCUGAGGAAGAUGGCAAGGCGCUCCAGGCUUAUUAUCAGAGAGAGAAAAAAUUUCUGCUGAGCUGCCCCCAAGAACUGGUAUUUAGAAAUGGAACAAUUUCUGUUAUUACAGCUGAAGGUAGUACUAUUAGGAUUUCCUCUCUGUUAUUGUUUGUUGGAUUUUCUGUGUUGUCAUACAAGAAAAUCAGUACGCUUGAACUAAGGCAGAUUACUUCACAAAAAACUCAGCGCAAAUUCUUAUAAAAAGAGGCUUUGGUCGAACUUUUCCUGGUUCUGCUUUUUACUCAUGGGUCAAAGAAAAUCAUUUAAAAAUAAUAAUGAAAGCCAAGACAAACCCAGCUCGAUUUCACAGCAGCAACUUCGACCAGAAGAAAACAAGUGUAACUUAUGGACAGCAGGUUUGGCAGACAAGCCGUGUGGGAGGCGCUCGAGCUCGAUGGCUCUCCUUGCAAUUCUGAUGGCUAAUACCUUGUGGAGAAAGUGAGCAGAAAUUAGCAAGUUUUUGUCUGUGGGUAUUAAGCGGGUCCAUAAAAAAAUCUGCAUAUAAAUAAAAAAGAAUCCUACGACUGACAUCCAUUCGGCUGGUUACCUGCAAACUAUGGCCUCACUACACCUUCAAGCCAAUCCACCCUUGUUAAACCCACCAAAGACCCAAUAUACGCCAUAUCAGGGACUCCAAACAUGCUCCACAAUGGCCGAGCUCAGGCAACACCAUUCUCAAAUCAUCAAACUUGGUCUCUCUGUUGAUAACGAUGCCAUUGGUCGCGUCAUCAAGUUCUGCGCCAUCUCCGAAAAUGGCGAUCUGGGUUAUGCACUUCAGGUGUUCACCACAAUCCCCCACCCAGACGCUUUCAUUUAUAACACCAUAAUGAAAGGCCACCUACAAGCCCAAUUGUCCGCAAACUGCAUUCUUCUUUACUUACAAAUGUUGCAAGAAUUGACUACGCCUAAUCGCUUUACUUUCCCAACUCUUAUAAGGGCUUGUAGUGUUCGUAAUUCUGUUGAAGAAGGGAAGCAAGUACAUGCCCAUGUAUUCAAGUUUGGUCACGGAGUAGAUGGCUGUUCCCAGAACAACUUGAUACAUAUGUAUGUGAAUUUUCAAUCUUUGGAGGAAGCAAGGAGAGUUUUUGAUAAGAUGCCCACACGGGAUGUCGUCUCUUGGACAAGUUUAAUAACUGGCUACUCUCAAUGGGGAUCCAUAGAUGAGGCUUUUGAAAUUUUUGAGGUGAUGCCUGAGAGGAACUCUGUUUCUUGGAAUGCCAUGAUUGCAGCUUGUGCGCAGAGCAACCGUUUUUGUGAAGCAUCUGGUUUGUUCGAUAGGAUGAGAGCAGAAAAGGUAGCACUUGAUAAGUUUGUGGCAGCAAGUAUGUUAUCAGCCUGUACAGGGUUAGGAAGCCUGGAGCAAGGAAAAUGGAUACAUGAGUACAUUGAAAAGAGUGGAAUCGAAAUGGAUGCCAAACUGGGUACAACAGUUAUUGACAUGUAUUGCAAGUGCGGGUGUCUGGAGAAAGCUUUUCAAGUUUUCAAUGGAUUGGGUGAUAAAGGGAUUUCGGCGUGGAAUUGCAUGAUCGGAGGGCUGGCAAUUCAUGGAAAAGGGAAGGAUGCCAUAGAGCUUUUUAAGAAGAUGGAGAGGGAAACGGUAGCUCCUGAUCACAUAACUUUUGUGAAUUUGCUCAGUGCAUGUGCUCAUUCUGGGUUAGUUGAUGAGGGGCGUUAUUACUUCCGCUAUAUGGUUCAAGUCCAUGGAAUUGAAACCCGGAUGGAGCACUACGGAUGCAUGGUUGAUUUACUAGGAACUGGAGGAAGAGGUCAUCCUGAAGCUAAACAGAUAUAUGGCAAGGUUGAUGAGAUGCUUGAGCGCAUAAGAUGUUUUGGUUAUGUGCCUGAUACCGAUCUUGAUGAGGAAGAAGACAGAUACAACCCUUCAUACUACCAUAGCGAAAAACUUGCCAUUGCCUUUGGAUUGUUGAAGACCAAACCUGGAGAAACCAUCCGGAUCUUCAAGAACUUGCGAGUUUGUAAAGAUUGUCAUAAUGCCACUAAGCUCAUCUCCAAGCAUGAUGAAACAUAUACCGUCGAUUAG